AUGGCCGCCAUUUGGUGCUACCUGCUCAAUAGAAAGUGCACAUGCUGGAAUGAUAAGGAGGUUCAUUUACAUCUUCUUACUGCAGUGCUGAAGUGUUUCUUAAGAAGACCACCAGAGACUCAGAAAGCAUUGGGAGCUGCAUUGGCUGCUGGUCUUGCUGAUUUUCAUCAGGAUGUUCAUGAUAGAGCCUUAUUUUACUACAGGCUCUUACAAUACAAUGUGUCUGUAGCAGAACAAGUGGUGAACCCUCCAAAGCAAGCUGUUUCAGUUUUUGCUGACACAAAGAGUAGUGAAAUCAAAGAUCGCAUAUUUGAUGAAUUUAACAGUCUCUCUGUUGUGUACCAGAAGCCUUCUUACAUGUUUACUGACAAAGAACGCAGAGGGCCAUUUGCUUUUUCUGAAGAACUAGGGAAUUUGUCUAUUGGGGAAGAAUCUGCAAAUAACAUUGUUUCAGCCCAGAGAAUUGAGGCAAACGACAAGGAUCUUCUUUUGAGUAGUUCAGAGAAAGAAGAAAGUAGGGGUCCAACUAACAGUGUUGCUGCAUACAGUGCUCCUACAUUUGAUGGUUCUGUGCCCCAGCCUGCUUCACAGGCUCAACCAGAGCUUGUAUCUCUGGACCAAACAUUACCAGCGAAUUCGCCGUUGGCUAGCUUAGCGAUUGACGAUCUACUUGGUCUUGGAUUGCCAAUUGUACCUAGCUCUGCUCCUUCUCCUCCUCCUUUGAUACUUAAUGGUAAAGCUGUUCUAGAUCCAAAAGCUUUCCAGCAAAAAUGGCGACAACUGCCAAUGUCCAUAUCCAAGGUCCACUUUAAAAGUUAUAUUCUUAACUUAAUAACUGAGUAGUUUUAUCCACUGGUUAUACCUCUCUCCCCCAUGUGCAUGCACUUCUGAUGAUUACGUACUUUAUUUUCUGAAGUACAUUUUUGGUUUUGCAUCAUCUGGGUGUCGGACACUCUGUUUUCAAAUGUUUCGUGACUUCUAUUUUCUAACUAUGUACCUUUGUUGCUUUUAUUUUUUUCUGCCACAUGCAAAGCUUACUAGAUUCAUAACAAGACUCAAAGUAGUCAACCACUACUGUGGAUGGUUGUCCCUGUAUUAAAUGUUGGUCAUGCAAGCUAAGCAGCAUAAGCAUUUUUGAAGGAACGAUAUCAAUAUUGUAUCCAACAAAGAAUAUCGGUACUUUUUGGAUACUGUAUAUGUGUCUAAUACUUCCUGGACUUUACCAUAAUUCACAAAAUUGAACUGUUGCAUAUGCAGCGAUAUUAUGUGUAACAUGGGAGAAACUAGACAAGAAGGAAAUGAUGUGUAAAAACUGGUGAUUAGGGUAAUCAUGCCGAAUCUGGUCCUUAGUCCUUGUCAGAUUCAUCGUAAUAAUUUGAAAUUUCAAGAAAUAUGCAUACAAUGAUCCUUCAGAUCCUAUGACAAAUAUUUUUGUCCUUAAGAUUCUUUG